GAGGAGGAGGAAGAUGGCGGGAGGGCGGCUCUGAGGAGACCUCGGCGGCGGCGGAGGAGGAGAGAAGCGCAGCUUCGCGCAGCGCCGGGGCCCAUGUGGGGAGGAGUCGGAGUCGCUGUUGCCGCCGCCGCCGCCUGUAGCUGCCGGAGCCGGGUGGGAGUGAGGGGGACACGGCAGGAUGAAGUUCGCCGAGCACCUCUCCGCGCACAUCACUCCCGAGUGGAGGAAGCAGUACAUCCAGUAUGAGGCAUUCAAGGAUAUGCUGUAUUCAGCUCAGGACCAGGCACCUUCUGUUGAAGUUACAGAUGAGGAUACAGUUAAGAGAUAUUUUGCCAAGUUUGAAGAAAAGUUUUUCCAAACCUGUGAAAAGGAACUUGCCAAAAUCAACACAUUUUAUUCAGAGAAGCUGGCAGAAGCUCAGCGCAGGUUUGCUACACUUCAGAAUGAGCUUCAGUCAUCACUGGAUGCGCAGAAAGAAAGCACUGGUGUCACAACAUUGCGGCAGCGCAGGAAGCCAGUGUUCCACCUGUCCCAUGAAGAGCGUGUCCAACAUAGGAAUAUUAAAGACCUUAAGCUGGCCUUCAGCGAGUUCUACCUCAGUCUCAUCCUGCUGCAGAACUAUCAGAAUCUGAAUUUUACAGGGUUUCGAAAAAUCCUUAAAAAGCAUGACAAGAUCCUGGAAACAUCUCGUGGAGCAGAUUGGCGAGUGGCUCAUGUGGAGGUGGCCCCAUUUUAUAUAUGCAAGAAAAUCAACCAGCUCAUUUCUGAGACAGAGGCUGUGGUCACCAAUGAACUUGAAGAUGGCGACAGACAAAAGGCUAUGAAGCGAUUACGGGUCCCUCCAUUGGGAGCUGCUCAGCCUGCACCAGCAUGGACUACUUUUAGAGUCGGCCUGUUUUUUGGAAUAUUCAUUGUGCUGAAUAUUACUCUUGUGUUUGCAGCUGUAUUUAAACUUGAAACAGAUAGAACUGUAUGGCCCUUGAUAAGAAUCUAUCGGGGUGGCUUUCUUCUGAUUGAAUUCCUUUUUCUACUGGGCAUCAACACAUAUGGUUGGAGACAAGCUGGAGUAAAUCAUGUCCUCAUCUUUGAACUUAAUCCAAGAAACAAUUUGUCUCAUCAGCAUCUCUUUGAGAUUGCUGGAUUCCUGGGGAUAUUAUGGUGCCUGAGCCUUCUGGCAUGCUUCUUUGCUCCAAUUAGUAUCAUCCCUAUAUAUGUGUAUCCUCUUGCCCUUUAUGGGUUUAUGGUCUUCUUUCUUAUCAACCCCACCAAAACUUUCUACUAUAAAUCCAGAUUUUGGCUGCUUAAACUUCUGUUUCGAGUAUUUACUGCUCCCUUCCAUAAGGUAGGCUUUGCUGAUUUCUGGCUGGCCGAUCAGCUGAACAGCCUGUCAGUGAUUCUCAUGGACCUGGAAUAUAUGAUCUGCUUUUACAGUUUUGAGCUUAAAUGGGAUGAGAGUAAGGGCCUGUUGCCAAAUGAUCCGCAAGAACCAGAAUUUUGCCACGGAUAUACGUAUGGUGUGCGAGCCAUUGUUCAGUGCAUUCCUGCUUGGCUUCGAUUCAUCCAGUGCCUGCGCCGGUACCGUGACACAAGAAGAGCCUUUCCUCAUCUAGUAAACGCUGGCAAAUACUCUACGACUUUCUUCACCGUGACAUUUGCAGCCCUUUACAGCACUCACAAAGAACGAGGUCACUCUGACACCAUGGUGUUCUUUUACCUGUGGGUCGUCUUUUGUAUCAUCAGUUCCUGCUAUACCCUCAUCUGGGAUCUCAAGAUGGACUGGGGUCUCUUUGAUAAGAAUGCAGGAGAAAACACUUUCCUCCGGGAAGAAAUUGUAUACCCUCAAAAAGCUUACUACUACUGUGCCAUCGUAGAAGACGUGAUUCUGCGCUUUGCCUGGACUAUCCAGAUCUCUAUUACAGCUACAACUUUUAAGCCUCAUGUUGGGGAUAUCAUAGCUACUGUCUUUGCCCCCCUUGAGGUUUUCCGGCGAUUUGUGUGGAACUUCUUCCGCCUGGAGAAUGAGCAUCUAAACAACUGUGGUGAAUUCCGUGCCGUGCGGGACAUCUCUGUGGCCCCCCUCAACGCAGAUGACCAGACACUACUCGAGCAGAUGAUGGACCAGGAGGAUGGGGUGCGGAACCGCCAGAAGAGCCGGUCGUGGAAAUACAACCAGAGCAUAUCCCUGCGCCGGCCUCGCCUGCCUUCCCAAUCCAAGGCUCGAGACACUAAGGUAUUGAUAGAAGACACAGAUGACGAAGCUAACACUUGAACCGCUGAAGUCUGCAGUAACAUCCUUGAUUUCCUACUCUACAAUUCUUUCCUCGACCAACGCAACCUCCAGCACCGUUUUUCCAGCUGAGAACAGGAGAAAACAGAACACGUUCCCGGGCUCCUCAGAUCGGGUCCUAUGGACUCCGAGCAAGCUCACUGUGUUUCUUUUCUUUUCUUCUGGUUUAAUCUUCAUUUUCUAUUUUUAAAACAAAUACUUCAUUUGCCAAUCAGAAGAUGUUUUAAGGAACAAAAACUUAAUAUCUUACGGGUUGUUUACACUCACAAAGAUUCAGAUGCCCAUCAGGAUGAAGAACAAGCAUUGGAAGGAGCCUCUGACGCACAGCGUGGGAUAACUCAGCUUCGCCGGGCCAGUCUGACUGUUGGACACCGGACACCGGCUUUUAAAUUUUCUGUCAGUUUCUAUGGAGAGUUUCCCUUCCUUCACAGCCAGUGCAGAGGCACCCCAGCACUUGCAAGGGAAGUGCAGCCGGAGCCGCACCUCCUCCACAAAGCCACUUUUAAUUCCAUGUGACUUUUCUCAUCUGGGGAGGGUUC